AUGAGAAUCCUAUCGGGAGCUUUGUUGGCUCUCGGAGCCAGCAUCAGUCUCGCUUUCUCAUGGGCACUCACAAUAGCAGCGGCGAAGAGUCCGCUGCCCAGCUCAACCGUAAAAGAGUGUACAGGUACCGCUGGAAUCGAACUAAACUUUCCAACAGAUGGCACGACCGCCCAGUUCAAGUGCAGUUCCAAAUUCAAAAAGUUAGUUCCUUCCGAUACCAAAUAUGUAUACGAAGAGCCCGUAGUUCCCACAGUCGACCGCGCGGCUCUACACAGAAGUGAGGUUGGCGCAACGGAGGAAGACCCUCCGGGUCAUACGAAAAAGCUUCUCACCAGCUUGUAUGAACGCGCUACCCUGACGGGCAGCUCUGAAGAAGAUAAUAUUUACACGCUUCAAAUUCCCAAAGAGUCCCGUGUUACCGAAAAGGUCUUGAAGGUUUUCUGCAAGGACGACGCAAAUGAUGAGAUAAGGGAGUUGCAGGGCUACUGUCCUGUUACGAUUACAGUUCCCAAAAAUACCGACGACGACGUCGAGAACGAUGAUUCUUCCGAUACCGAACAGCUUCCAGACGACGUCGUUACCUGUACAGCACGUAGUCGGAACCCGAAAGUCACUGUUUCCAAAGAUAACCAAAGGGUUCAACUCAUCUGCGGUCCCAAAGACACGUCAUCAUUGAAACCAGACGGUGCCCUCCAUGUUUUUGACAACAAGAAUGGUAAGUGUAAUGAACAAGCUACCCUCUCCGAACUGGUUCCCGGGGCAACGCGCUCCGAUAAAGACUCUGGAAAUGGGGCAUACACAGUGACCUUCCCCAAGCUACCCUCUGAAAAACAAGCUCUCUGCUACUCGUGUAGCGCAUCGGGCCAUCCGGGCCUCCUGCGCACUGAGCCAUGCCAGAUCCAUAUUGAAGUUUCUGCAGCGACUACCGCCACCACAACGAUGCCCACGACUUCAGAUGCCGUUACGCGCGUGCAAGCAGCACUUGGCCAAACCACAGCUGGCGUCCUUUUCGCUAGCAUUGUGGGCGUUGCAUGUCUGGCGUAGAGGGAUGGGAGGGGUGGGGAAGUGAAUGCCACAAGGAUGCUCCGGGAUACGUGACUGUUUUAUAUGUAUGUGAGGUUGUUCGUCCUUCCACUUCCAGAACGAUGUUGUCCGGUUCCCUCUUCUUGAAAUUUCUCUGGUACAUUCUAGUCGACGACCUCCUGGGUAACUUGGCAGUAAAUCCCGUCGUCGAUGCCAAUCCAUUUGGAUCUUUCCGUUCAUGUAAG